AUGCGAUCCGCUAACGACGCUGACUAUAAACCAACGAAGUCUUGGCGCCAGUCAAGCCAACCUAAUACUUCGGGAACAUCACUGCAUCACCAACAAGAUAUUCACGAUAUUAUCUCAGACGACCUUAGCGCUGGGUUCCCAGAUGGAUUCUACAUGGACUUCAAUAAUGGAGUUCCUCUCAUGACAAGUCAAGAGGAUCCUCUAGCCCUUGAUUCAACGAUGGAUGGGUGGCAAGACUUUCUGACCUUUGACCCAACAUUACCAGGCUGGGAAGAUCCUAUGGCCUAUGAUCCGACAAUGGGUGGCUGGCAGGAUCUCCCAGCUUUUGACCCAACAAUGGGUGCAUGGCAAUAUUCUUCCACAGAGUCUUCCAGAGCUUCAUCAGUAUCAGCCAACAGCCGCCCCUUUGCAAAAGAUGAUGUUACACAGGAAUCAUUCAUUUGCAACGAUGAAUGCUGUCACGGAAGAGCAUUCAGCAGUCGUGCCAACCUUCGACGUCAUCAGAACGAAAGAAAGGGACUAAGAAGGGUUUACGCGUGUAGCUUCUGCCACCGCGUUUUCAGUCGUUCAACUGCUGUUCGGUUGCACCAGCAGAAUGGCGUCUGCUUCAAGUCCAAUGGCGCUACACAGUGA